CUUCACUCUUAAUCACUUGGUGGGCACUCUGUUGUAAAUUUACAGUUAAUAAAGUCACCCCUGGAAGAACGAUGCGACUGAUAUUGGUAACAUUGUUGGCAGUAGUGUCCUCUGGACUGUCACGAGAUAUUCGUAAUGAAAGACGGCUUCGUAAGUAUGGGCCAGUGCCACCUAAAGAUAAACGAGGCUCUGAUUAUCAUCAUUCUGGACAGUCUUAUUUCACACCCUCCAAUGCGCCUGCCAGUCAUUCUGGUGGCUCGGGGUACUCUGGAGGUCCAUCGAGUUCAAAGGGCUAUGAAGCUCUAGCUAAUUACGCAGGACAGUCAUCAAGCUCAAAAGGUUAUGAAGCCUUAGGAAAUUAUGGAGGGCCACCGUCGAGCUCGAAAGGUUACGAAACACUAGGAAGCUACAGCGGACAUGGUGGAAACAGUUUCAAGUUUGGAGGAGGCAGUAUAGGUCACGGAAGUGGUUUGAAUUUAGCAGCUUUAACUCUUGGACAAGCUUACAUGCCAGCGUCAUAUGGAUCUUUGUCGUCUGGAAAAACUGGACCUGUAACUUUUGGACUUGGAACAGGAUCGCAGAGCCAAGCCUACAUGAGUCCAGUUUAUGCCUCUUCAGCACAAACAGUUUCUUCACUGGGUAUCCAAGGAAUGCAAGGGAUUCAUGGGUAUUCGGGAUCUCAAGUUAAUUUACCUGUCAUUAGCUUAGGAUCAGGCUACUCAUUCCCGGGUGCCGGGUCCAGUGCUCAGAGCUACAGUCUUCCAGUUUCCAGUCACGGUGUAACGGGUGGAUUAGUAAUCGCAAGUCCUCAAGGAUCUUAUAGUCCCAGUAGUUCAUCUGUCUACAGCACUCAGUCAUCACCGACACCAUCUUCAAGUUAUGAGUCUCCGUCCUAUCAAGCCCAAUCUGGACCAAGUUCUAAUUACCACAUGGGAUCCAGUUCUACUUCUGGUUAUCACGUGCAAUCUACAGCUUCAAGCCCCAGUUAUCACAUGGCGCCGAGUCCUAGCUAUCAAGUAGCAUCCAGCGGAGCAUCACAAAGUCUCAAUCACCACGUCGGGUCUACUGGAUCAAGUUCUAGCUAUCAAAUAGCUUCGUCACCUUCCAGCGGGCAUACAGCCACCGAAUCAAGUUAUCCAUCAUCAUACUCCGAACCAAGUUAUCAAUCCGAGAACACUUACUCUAACCCUUCUUACACAGUGCCCAGCACUAAUUACGGGACACCCUACAGUCACUCAACUCCAAACGUCAUUUACUCACCACCCGCAGGAUACACAAGUCAAUCUUCUUACCCGCCCACCAGUUACUCGAAUUCUCUUAUUUCUUACGCGCCCUCACAGAAUUCCUAUAGCAGCCACAGUAACCAGAAUUCCUACUCAUCGCCCGAAUCCAGUUACUCUCCGUCUCAAUCCCAGUCACAACCAAACGCAUACACCCGGGAGCAACAAUCCGCUUACUCAAACACCAACCCCAUGUACUUAACUUACGCUUACAAACAUCUCAGAAAUGGUAAAACCGAUCCUAAAUACGACACCAUUUCCUACUCAAACUCCGAUCAGCUUUUAGAUUAAGUCUUGCCAAAUUUCGCUUGAUUGCCAGAAUUACACUAUUUGUUUUUGUUUUUGUUUUUUUUUUUUUGUUUGUUAAUCUAGACGUUACUUAAUAUUUAUUAAUGUAUAUUUAACUGUUUAUUUAUAUAAUAUUGAUUAAUUAUCAAGUAUUACAUUUUUUGCGUGAUAUUUUAGAUGAAAGUAUAAUUUUUUUGUUGCUGGUUAUAUUUAAAUAUUGUGAAAUUCCCCUGCUCGAUAUUAAUUACUUUUGAUGUAAGAAAAAAUGUGUAGAAAAAAAAAAUAAAAAAAUGAAUUACAUGUAUAGUGAAUUACAAGAGUAAACACCUUUCUAAAUAUUUAUUAGUUGAGAAAGUAUUGUAGAGUACGUACGAUGGAAAGUACUCUAUUUCAUUUAUUAAUCCGAUUUACUGCUUCUUCGGUGGUUAUUUUAACAAUUUAUCACUUGUUACUUGUUUUUUAUUAUCCUAGUAAUUAGUAAAUAGUUGUUUAUUAUGUUCCUCAUAUUUAUGUCUA